AUGGCCAAUAGUCAAAGAACUUCAGUGGAAGACAAAUAUACUAAGCAACAUACAGCUGAUAUCCAAUCAGAACCAAAGAAGAAGAAAUUCAGAUGGACUGUUGAUACAUCUGAACAUCCACCUCAAGUAUUCAACUUGACUUUAUAUUUAUCCAUUUUUGUAUUUGGUAUUUUAGGUGCUGCUAGAGGUUAUGAUGAAGGUAAUAUUUCAGGAAAUAUUACUCUUCCAUCAUUCAAAGCAAGAUUUGGUUUAAGUGAUGAAACAAAAUCAGCAGAUUAUUUAGCUAAUCUCAAAUCCAAUAUUACCUCUAUGGUUCAAUUAGGUGCUAUUGGUGGUGCAAUGUUAGCGGCUAAGACUGUUGAUUACUUUGGUAGAGUUCGUGCCCUUCAAUUAAUUUGUAUUUUAUGGGUUAUUGGUGCCGCUAUUCAAAUUUCAUCUAGCCAUGUAGGUCAAUUAUACGCUGGUAGACUCAUUGAAGGUCUUGCCAUUGGUCAUACUACUUCCAUUGGACCUGUUUACCUUGCCGAAGUUGCUCCAAGUCCUAUUCGUGGUUUAGCUAGUUGUAUCUUUGCUGGUGCUGUUUAUAUUGGUAUCUUAUUGGGUUACUUGACAAACUAUGGAUGUGUUCUUAAUGUUCCAGCUACUGUUGGUGAAUCCAUUAACGAUAACCAAUGGAGAUAUACCUAUGCUCCAAAGCUUAUUCUUGCAAGUUUAAUCUUUACCAUGUCAUUCUUUUUCUGUCUUGAAUCACCAAGAUGGUUAUUGAAGGUGAAUAAACCUGAAAAAGCAGUGGAAAACUUAUCCAAAUUAAGAAACUUACCACAAGACCAUGCAUAUACUAUUGCCGAAUUAAGUGAUAUUAAUGAACAAGUAUUGACUGAAAAGGCUGCCACUGAGAAUGCUUCAAUUUUUAAUAACUUAAAGAGACUUGUCACUGUCAAGAGUAUUGCCUACCGUUUCUUCUGCAUUGCUGGUGCUGCCCAAAUUCUUGGUCAAUGGAGUGGUGCUAAUGCCGUUACGAUCUAUUCCAAUGAAUUAUUUGCUCUUGCUGGUAUCAAGGGUCCCGUUGCCAAAUUACAAAUGUCAUGUGUCUUGGGUACAGUCAAGCUUGUCUCUGCUUACACUGGUGCAUUCUUCAUCAUUGAUGUUCUUGGUAGAAGAAAAGCUUUAUAUACUGGUCUUUCAUUACAAUUGACCUGUAUUUUAUACUAUGCAAUCUUUUUAACUAUUGUCCCACAAGCUGCCGACGAUGAAGGUGUAUUAACUGCUUCCCAAGCUAGUGCUUCCAAAGGUGCCCUUGCUGCUAUUAUCUUAUCUGGUGCCGGUUGGACUAUUGGUUUUAAUUCCAUUCAAUACUUGAUUGGAUCUGAAAUUUUCCCAUUGGAUAUUCGUUCAUUCGCUCAAUCCUUAGUUAUGGUUUUACAUUUUGCUAAUCAAUAUGGUAAUUCUAAAGCACUUCCUAAACUUAUGAUUGCAUUACAACCAUAUGGUGCCUUUUAUUUCUUUGUUGGUGUCAUGAUUCUUGGUCUCAUUUUCGCCUAUUUCUUACCUGAAUUACAUGGUAGAAGUUUGGAAUCUAUUGAAGAAGUGUUCACUUUACCUUGGUACAAAUUAAGAAAUUCAUCUAAACUUGUACCUGACCAUUCUCAAGUUCAUGUUGUUAAUAUUGUUACCAGAAGAAGUAUUGUUACUAAUCAUCUAGAUACUACCAAACAAGAAGAAAUCUUUAUUGAGAAAAAGAAUGAGAUUGUAGAUGAAGAGCGUGAAGUUGGAAGUAGAUAUUAG